AUGGCACGCACAGCCCGACAACACCAGCACCAGGCGGCGCGGUCCCUCUCAGUAGGCAGGCAGCACCCGGUGCCGACGCCGGCCAGCCCGCUCUUCGCGCCGUCCAGGCCGUCAAGGCUACCGCUGCGCCCGCUCCCACUGCUGCCCGUCGCGCUCGCAGACGUGUCCUACGCCGCCUGGCGCGCCUACAACCAUCCCCAAGCGACGCCGCCGUACCUCCCCGCCCUCGCGGUCCUGCGCGCCGCCGUCCUCCUCCUCGUUGUCCUCCCCUCUGCGCGGUGGCGCAGCCGCGGCUCGUGGGUCAUCGCCGCCGCGGCCGCGUCCAUCAUCACCUGCACAUACGAGGUGUGCGCGGCGCGCCUGAUGCGUAUCCCCGUCGACGAGGGGACGUACUACUACCUCGGGAUUACAUGCUUGAUAUCCGCGUUUGAAUACGUCUUCUUCCUCCUCCUCGUCCGCCUCGUGCCGGCCCCAACGGCUCAACAGCCGCCCUUCUCGAUGCGCGGCCCGCCUGCGCCGUCAGACGGGCGCAGCCCCUCCCUUCCCCCGUUAUCGCCCUCACUCACGCCGAUGGGGGUGGGCCGGCGGCGCGCCAGCGCGCACAUGAGCAUCUUCGACCGCGCGCUGUUCGCCACGCCGAGCUCGCGCAUCGACGACCUCCCGAGCAGCUCCGACUCGCGCGAGGCGACGCCCGACGCCGCGGGCGACCGCACCUUCGGGACAAUGUACACUGUCCCCUCGGACGACGACGGCUGGCGCGGCGACUUUCUCGGCGAGUACGACGAGCUCGAGCGCGCGGUGCGCGGCACGAGCCGCGAGCCCCGCUUCCACGUGCCUGCGCCGUCCGCGGCCGACGCGUCGUUCGCGACGACGACAGACGGGUUCCCGUCCCCGAUCCCGUACCCGACGAGCUCGCGCGUCCGCGCGCCGCCCGUCGACGAGCUGGGGAGAAGCUACGCCAGCACAGACUAUGGCGGCCGCCCGAUCUACUCGCUCGGCGCGGGCGCCAACGAGAGCUUUGAUGUGGAAAUGGGGCUAGCAAGCGACGAGUACUACUCUGACGACGACUCGGCGAGCACCGUCUCAGAGUCGAGCAUCAUCGACAUGCCCCGCCCCACUGGGCCGACGGCCAUCGUCGUCCGCGACGGCACGAGUAUCUCUGCCGGGCUGAAUCUGGCCGCCGAGGUCGCUGGCGCGGCGGAGGGCGCCGUCGGCGAGCUCGUGCGCCGUAGCACGAGUGCGCGCUUCUUGGGCCACUCGUGGGGCAGCAACGCUGCGGUUGAGGAGAGCGGCGGCGAGAGCGGCUGGGGCUACGGCACGUUUGGCAGGAGGGCAGGAGGGUAG